GGAAUACAGAGCUCCUUUGUGUUGCUAAAGCAGAUUGCCUGCCAAGGUCUAACGAACAGGGAUGCAGUGUGUCCUAAGACGUGUCCAGCAAACCACAGCACUGGAUGACCCUUAUGCAAGAGCAGCGAACCUGCCAGCAGCUCCCAGCCAUGCGGAUCCUGCCUCUCCUCUGUGCUCUUCUCCUCCUGGUGCUCCAGGGAGCAGCAGGGAAGACCCUGUCCUGGGGUUCACCCCAGGACUGUGAGCGCCGUGGGGGCUUCUGCUCUCAUGGGUCGUGCCCGCCGGGGAUCGGUCGCGUUGGCCUCUGCUCUGAGCACGAGUUCUGCUGUCGGAGCCGCUGGUAUCCUUGAUGGGCUCCUGACUUUCCGAUGCCGAUAUCCAAGCAACAGUCUGAGACCAGCCUGUGUCCUCACAGCAUGCUCGGGGCGAUGUUGUAUGAAGGCACUGAACACCAUUGGGAGCAGCAGCAAUCCUGGAUAGAUGGACCAUGGUCCUGUGGGAAUUCCCUUAUCCAAUGUCCCCAAUACAAGGUGGUGGUUGGCAUUC